AUGAGCUACCUAUCUGCAGCACGCUGCUCAAUUAAGAGACUUUCCGGAACUCUGGGAGUUUCGUCGCGAUAUGCAGGUGCAAGCACGAUGCAUGACAAUAAUGCGGAGACCCUGGAGCGAGAGAAACGAAGAAACUUGUCCGGCACCCAGCACAAAACUUCGACCCCAAUUGAUGACGCACCAGGUUGGAAUGAGGACCUGGCGAGUACAUCUGAAGCACAUGUCAAGGCUGAUCGCUCAUCUGCCACAAUUGAUGAUCUUCAGCGCAAGACCGUUGAUUAUGUUCGUUCGAAGCACCAAGCAGACGAGCGCAUGGAUCACAGAGAAGCAUCUUACCUGAGGGACGAAGUAACUGGACCCCUCGGCAGUGUGAGAGUGGGUGAGUUUGAGGGCGUUGUCGGUGCUGGUGAUCUUGGAAUAGAUCAGGAGGGCACUGACAUAGAGUCUGACGGGCGCACCAUCAAGCGACACGUCGUCUAUGAGGAGAUUACGGAAGUUUUGAGAGAGCCCCAUCCAACGGAGAGCGAGGCUAAUGUAAAGGCCGACCGCGGCGAAAGUUCUUGA